GCUCGCGGGUGUCCUGUGGUUGCGCUGCCUGAGGGAAGGUUGUCGCCUCGGCAAUUACCGUGUGCGCGGCGCCGGCCACUCCCGCCUGGCCGUUGACUACCGGGCCUCUGGUCCUUGGGGCCGCUUCGGAGCUCCGUGAGGGUGGCAGGGAGGCCUGCAGAUGCCCUGCCCUGACAGAUCGGGGAUAGCGAGACAAACCUGCGCCUCUUGGCCCAGAGGGCUCGUUUCUUGGGGAUCUGAAUACCGAGACCUCAGGCAUCUGAUUUUUGAAACUUCUGGUUUGUUCCGCGGAAACCUCAGCACAGACACAGACGCUUCCCUGGGAGUCAGAGCGUACAGGUCAUACCUUGGCUUCCACGUGCCACAGUGGCCCUCAGAAGGAAUGGCAGUUGUGGGCAGCAUGCUUGGCCUGCUGCGGCAGCAUGUGGUGAUGGGGGCUGCCCCUGUGGGCCGCUGCCUGCACAUGUCUUUCCAUCGGGCUGACAGCAGCAGGGCCUCGCUCACUCGUGUGCACAGACAGGCCUAUGCACGCCUCUACCCCAUGCUCUUGGUCAAGCACAAUGGCUCCACCAUUCACAUCCGAUACCAGGAGCCCAGAAGGAUGCUAGAGAUGCCUGUGGACCUGGAUGCCCUAUCCCAGGAUGAGAGGCGGGCACGGAUCCACAGACGUGAGGCCCAGCUCCGAGGGAAGGAGGAGGAGCCAGAGCUCCUUGACAACUUUGACCUGGAGCAGUACAAGCAGUUUUGGACCAGGAAGUAACCAUGGCCACAAGCUGCCCUGCCUCAGGAUACUGUAGAAGGGGAGGGGCAUUCAUCUUUAAAUUGAGUGUCAGGAUUUUAAAUCCACCUUGACUUUCUUUCUCAUACACCUGCUGCAUAGGGCUCUCUGCAACUGAGCCCCCUGGAGGUCUCAGAGUUGGGUCAAAUUGUGGUUUUAGGAGGAGGCUCAAAGUGCACAUGAGGAAGCACCUGUUACUGCUCAACCACAACUUUGGGCUCUCAAGCCCCUUCUGCUAAUACUGCCUUUGCCUCAGUACCAGGGGCUCUCCCAGGGAGGAUAGUAACAUGGGGAGUGGGUGGGAUCCAAGCCUAGCCUGCAGCUGACAUGCUCUGCUCCUCUCCAGUGCUCGCCUAGCCCUGCCCCUAGGUAGUAGGAAGGUGCUGCCUGAUAGAGGGGACAAGGGGAGCAGCCAGCCCCAUUGCUAACUGUUCAAGUCUUAGCUAAGAGCCUCAGUGGGCUGUCACCUUCUGCCCUUUCCUGCAAGAACUGAGGGGGCAAUUACCAACUUUUAUACAAUCAGCUGACCCCGCUUAGUCCUGGGGUUGCACCUUGUCCUGUCCUGGGGAUUGAUCACAGGACCCUGGCUGUUAGGUUCUUAUAAACCUGAGGGCCCAUGGUAGAACACUGCCAUAUAGACAGACAGUGGGGAGGGCAUUCCAUGAUUUACCAGGGAAGCAAAAGUCUGUGGGAUGUGACCCUGCCUCUGAUGGCAGCUCACAGGGAAGGAUGCUAGGCUAAGCACCCACCUUGGACUCCUACCUUGCAUUCCUGCCCCCUGAUCCACUGAGCACACAGCCAGCCAUGUGCAGCUCCUGGAGACAGCUGUCCUCCAGGAUCUACCAACUCUGGCCUGCUCAGGGGGGACCUUCCCACCUGGGCAGCCUCUCUGGAUCCCUCAUUCCUUCAGCUGCUGCCUCAGCUUACUGCUUACCACUCACUUCCAGGAGGACACCCAGCAACAGUGCCUACGUUCACUGUUCAGGGCCAAGUUAUUCAUGAAGAUGACAAGGUAGACCUUACUCAGGAUAGGGCCGUGGC